AUGACUCCCCUUCAACUGCUGCUCCCUUUUCUCUCUCUACCUUUCUUUCUCCUCUGUGGUGCCACUACUUCAAACCAGAUUCCCAAGCAUCAUGUAAUUUAUAUGGGAAGCUCAUUAUCAAAUGGAAAUGGAAGAGUUCUUGGAGCUGAAGAUGCAGCAGAAUCAGCUUAUUUGCAAAUGCUGUCAUCCAUUAUUCCAAGCCAUGAGAUUGAGAGAAUAUCUAUAAUUCACAAGUAUAAUCAUGCUUUUAGAGGAUUCUCUGCCAUGCUUACUGAGACUGAAGCUUCUAUUUUAUCAGGCCAUGACGAUGUGGUUUCCAUCUUCCCCGACUCAAUUCUUGAGCUACACACAACACGUUCUUGGGAUUUCUUAGAGGCGGAAUCUGGCAGGCUACCAAGCAAUAAAUAUCAACGGGGCCUAUCAAGUGAUGUUAUAAUUGGGAUGAUAGAUACAGGGAUAUGGCCUGAGUCUUCAAGUUUCAAUGAUGAGGGAAUUGGUGCAGUCCCUUCAAGAUGGAAAGGAGUCUGUAUGGAGGGCUCAGACUUCCGGAAAUCGAAUUGUAAUAGAAAGUUGAUAGGUGCAAGAUACUACAAUGUUCCAUGGACAAGAGAUGGCAACCAGAGCAGUUUAGCCAGAACAAAAGGCUCACCAAGGGAUUCUGUCGGCCACGGAACUCACACCGCAUCCAUAGCGGCUGGUGUGCAAGUCUUGAAUGCUAGUUACUAUGGCUUAGCACUAGGCACAGCAAAGGGCGGCUUGCCUUCAGCUAGGAUUGCUUGCUACAAGGCUUGCUCAGAUGUUGGUUGCUCUGGUGCCACCAUAUUGAAGGCUAUUGAUGAUGCAAUUAGAGAUGGAGUAGAUAUAAUAUCUAUUUCCAUUGGGAUUAGCUCACUCUUUCAAUCCGAUUACUUAAACGACCCCAUAGCCAUUGGAGCAUUUCAUGCUGAACAAAUGGGGGUCAUGGUAAUUUGCUCUGGAGGAAAUGAUGGUCCUGAUCCGUACACUAUUGUUAACACAGCACCGUGGAUCUUCACCGUUGCAGCUUCUAACAUUGAUAGGGAUUUCCAAUCUAAUAUAGUUCUUGGAAAUGGGAAAAAUUUCACAGGUUCAGCCAUCAAUUUCUCCAAUCUCACUCGUUCAAGGACAUAUCCUCUUGUAUUUGGAAAAGAUGUUGCUGGUUAUUAUACGCCUGUAUCAGAAGCAAGAAAUUGUUAUCCAGGAUCAUUGGAUCCAAAGAAAGUAGUUGGAAAAAUUGUUGUUUGUGUUGAUGAUGACCCGGCUGUUUCAAGGAAAAUCAAGAAAUUAGUUGUAGAAGAUGCUAAAGCCAAAGGGUUGAUUCUGAUUGAUGAAGCUGAGAAAAGCGUGCCUUUCGAUUCGGGCAUUUUCCCAUAUACAGAGGUUGGCAAUAUUGCAGGCUUUCAGAUUCUCCAGUACAUAAAUUCUACCAAAAACCCAACAGCAACAAUUCUCCCAACAGUUGAUGUUCCAAGGUAUAGACCUGCACCAGCUGUUGCAUAUUUUUCAUCAAGGGGUCCUGCAGAGCUUACAGAAAACAUUCUCAAGCCUGAUAUAAUGGCUCCGGGAGUGGCCAUUUUGGCUGCCGUAGCUCCCAAGAAUGAAACAGGAACAGUCCCAAAUGGGAAGAAGCCAUCCACAUUUCCAUAA